CAAGAGUGGGGCAAGGAAGGAAAGAAGCAAGGUCGAGAUUAUCUCCAUGUCUUAUCCUAAUCCUCUUAAACUACUUACUUGGUACGAUAUGUAUUUUGAUUUCUUGAAUGUUCGAGCACGGCACGCCCACUGGGUAACUGUGACAGGUAUGUACUUUAACUAACGUUCUGUGAUCUAUACCUACGUUGGUUGCUCUAUCCUCUAUCCUCCCUUCUCUUCUCUUCUCUUCUCUUCUAUUAUUCCCUUCUUCCUCCAACCCUUCUGGAGAAUGGGAAAUGGGGGUUUAUCCAUCCUUCAAACGGCUCCACGUGAGACAUCCUUGAAAGUGGUGAGUGUUGAGUGGUGGUGAAUGAAAUACCAUCCUCGUGUUAUAUUGUGAUACGGUUUAAGAUGCAACGAGCCAAACGUAGAGUUAGGGAUGGCGAUGGUACCAGGCGAUUGUUCACCUGUACGCAAGAUGGCUGCGGGAAAUCCUUUUCGCGAUCUGAGCACCUCCAUCGCCACCAGAAAAAUCAUAUCGACGGCGACGCAACCUGUCCGCGGUGUCGCGCUCAUUUCAAGCGUCAGGACCUUCUCGAGAGGCACAUGAGUCGGCAUAAACAGAAGGACGAAGAAGCUGGUGGCGAAGGUAUCGGUACUCUGAACACGCGCAAACGCAUGUGGAAGGAUCAUGACGGACGAAUUGUCCAAAAGAAACCUAUCGAGAACCCGCCUCUUAGUAAUACUUGCCAAGAAGCACCCUUUACAUCACAGGUAGAAGGGCCUAUUUCGCCCCCGGUGUCAUCCAACUCGGAUCAUCUUAACGAUCACGACCCGGCGCAUGCCGCUUUUUCCACCGGCCAGAUUAUUUCACCGGGCUACUCGCUGUCAACGGAACAGUUCGAGUCUCAAGGUCCUGGUGAAUAUUGGAUUCCGUCGGAGACAUGCCAACCACGGAAUAUCACAUCCCCUUAUCUCGAAAUCAAUUACGACGAGAUUUUCCAACCCGAUACUGCAAGCUCAUUUAAUAUGCCCUAUACAACACAAAUUAACUAUGACUGGCUUUUUAGCUUAGACCACAAUUUUGGGAGCACUACUGUCUCGCAGACCCCUUAUAUUUCCACCACGUCUUUAGCCUCGUAUUCUUGUGGCAUGGAACAACCUACAUCUGGAGGGUUAAGUCAGACCGACCCCUCGCUAGAAGUUAGGCAAUACAACGGUAGCACGGCUGAGAGCCCCCUAGCAUCUAUGGCUUCGCUCGAUUAUGUGCAGCAUACGGGAAGUGCACAUAGUCUAACAAGCCCCGGCCUCUCAGGCGAGCCUACACCUAGUCUCCCAUCACCCGCGAAACAGGUUCCUUCCAGGGGCACUGGGGGGGCUUUCGAGGUAGAAUUUGAACGUCCCUUAGCCGCGCUUAGAUCAUCGAAUCGUUUUCCGUUUAUCGACGGUUACGCUUAUGCUCGGAUCGUGGAGACCAUUAAAGCUGCGAGGCCGUCAGCACCAAACGGCUCUCUUCUAGAUCUCAACCACCCCUUAUUGUCUCAUCCUUCAUUGCAGUCAUAUUGCGAUUUGUAUUUCCGGAGGUUCAAUUCCACAUACCCGUUAAUUCACCAAGCCACCUUCGAGCCCAGCAACAAGGAGCCAUUGUUACUUUUAUCUAUGAUCCUACUCGGGGCUACUUAUUCCGAGAAGGAAGCUCAUCAACUCGCUGUCUGUAUACACGACGUAAUACGCCCCGCAAUAUUUUCUCACGCAAGCUUUAACCCUAAACCAGACCUUUGGAUGCUCCAAACCAUCCUGCUGGUUGAGUGCUUGGGGAAAGAUCGAGCCGGCCAGAAACAGCAUGAUAUGAGCCAUCUAUUUCAUGGUAUGUUGAUUAACCUAAUUCGGCGGUCCGACUGUCAGUCGGUACGGCCGACCCGACCUUGUGGAGGUGACUGUGGCGAGGAAUCGACGAAUGAUAGCAGUUGGAGACAGUGGGUGGAGGCUGAAGAGAAGAAAAGGUUAGCCCUCCUUUGCUUUAUGUGGGAUACGCAACAUGCUGUCCUAUUUUGCCAGUCAUUAUGUAUGUCGGCUUUUGAACUCAAACUCCCUCUUCCGUGUAAUCAGGCGUUAUGGGAGGCACCUACAGCCGCCGAGUGGUCACGUCUCUCAUUAUUCACGGCGAAUGAGCCGAUGUAUCUCUUGGCUCUGAAGUCAUACAUUACGCUUGAUGCGCACCGGGCCCCGCUUCAUAAUAGUCUCUCACGUAUCAUAAUUUUCCAUGGACUUAUGUCAAUAUUUUGGGAUAUGCGACGACGAGAUCAAACCAGCCUAGGGGUUAUAGCGCAAGGAGGACGCUGGCAGAGCCGCCUUACAGCAGCUUACGAGGCCUGGAAGGAGGAAUUUGACAGCUUCUGCACCCGCCUAGAGGGUAUCACAUUCGCCGAGAUGAGUAAGGGUGCCGUUUCCGAAAAUGCGAAAAUUGAACUCGACGUCUGGCGAACUGCCUAUGUGGCGGUUUAUCAUGCCGCCCAUGUGCUGCUACACUCCGAGUUCCUCGACAUUCAGAUAUUUGCGGGUGCGCGACAUAUUCUAGGCCGCUCAGUCCAGCGAGCCGAUUUUAUACGCUCUGAGAAGGUGAUAAGGCGAUGGGCCACUAAUGUUGCCCAGAAUCCCGAAAACGCCAGUGGAUUAGCGGACGCCCCGUCCGCCGCGUGGCACGCAUCUCAGCUCCUUCAAAAUGCGUCGCGGACCCUCGUAGAUUUUGACUCCAUGGGCCUAUUCCAUGUACCGUGGUGCUUGUAUCUCGCUACCUUAACGAUAUGGGCAUUUCACCAUGCUGGCAUGAAAGGAUUGGGCUCUGGCUCUGAUGAUGAUAGCGAACUAGUCUGGGAUGUCCAGGCAGAGAUGAGUGCCAUAAUAGACUCGAUGGUGGAAGCUGGAAUCGAAGGCUUGCCCGAAGUGCAGGGAACGAAGCGGACUGGAGGGCUGGUGUGGGUUAUGGCUGAGGUGCUGAGUAAAGUCCGCUGGGGAAUCGUUCACGCUGGUGUUACCGUGCUCAGGGGCCUAGUUCCGUGGAGAUUAAUAGGUCAAUUUGAUGACGCUACAACCUAGGUAAGUACGAGUAAGUAUAAACCUGGUUACGUACAUCAAUAUGACCCUUUGAGUAUAGGUAACCGUGAAGAGAGUUAGACAUACCAGAGUUGCCCAAGGAGGGCGACAGUGUGAUCGACACGUCGUUGGGGUUAUAGUGAGAGCUAUUUGCUCCAAACAAACCACGCAAUCCAGAUAUCUAUCCUUCAAACCAUUUUAGCAUUUCCACACUGAAUAGAUGUGUAUCUACCCGGAACGGGUAUUGACAUACGGCUAGGGAAUAUCUAGCAGCCAAGCUG